UAGAAGUUUAUUCCUGGAAUAUUUGAAGCUAAAAUAUGUAAUAUAUGUACAGUGUUGUGACAAAUAUGCGACAUGAACAAUUAAAUAUGACUAUUUUGUAUUUGUUAUGAAUAUGGAAUGUACCGGUAUCCUGAAUUCUUAGGAAACCGGACAGUAUUCAGGCUGGUAUGGACGUCCUGAGUCUGGAGCACGAGGUGGGCGCCUGGGACUCCGUGCUCCUCGAUCCUCUGACCGAAGACAGCUUCAUCGCCAACCUGCACAUGCGCUACAAGCGGGACCACAUAUACACGUACAUCGGUAACGUGCUGGUGUCGGUGAACCCGUACAAGAAGCUGGCGCUCUACUCUCCAGACGUGGCCAGGGCGUACCUCUGCCACGGACCCCACCAGCUGCCGCCGCACGUGUACGCGUCGGCAGCGUGCGCCUACCGCUUCCUGCGCGACCGCCACGAGGACCAGUGCGUGGUGGUGUCGGGCGAGAGCGGCGCGGGCAAGACGGAGGCGGCGCGCCUCGUGCUGGCCUUCCUCUGCGUGCCCUUCCACCAGCCGCCCUCCGCGGCGGCCAUCAGGGAGAGGCUUGUCCAGUCGGCGCCGCUGCUCGAAGCAUUUGGGAAUGCUAAAACGUAUAGGAAUGAUAACUCUUCGAGAUUCGGUAAAUAUCUUGACAUAGAGUUUGACUACAAAGGUGAUCCUCUUGGAGGGACCAUUACAAACUACCUCUUGGAAAAGUCGCGCGUCACGAGUCAUGCUCCUGGAGAGCGAAACUUCCAUAUUUUCUAUCAGCUACUUACGGGAGCUGACAUUCACCUGCUCAAACAGCUGAAGCUGCAACGCAACCUGGAUAAUUACAGCUUCUUACGCAACAGCAACAAUCGCUGCCACGGUCCUGACAGUAUAGACGAUCGACAUGAUUUCCAAGUCACCAGGAGAGCUAUGGAUACGCUGGGGUUCAUGCAGGAUGAGGUGAUGAGUGUCUUCAAGAUUGUUGCUUCCGUACUGAAGCUAGGCAACAUCACUUUUGUGCCAACGAAUAAUAUUGAUGGCACAGAAGGCUGUACUGUAAACAAUGAUUAUGAGCUGUACGAUGUGUGCGAACUGCUCGGAACAGAGCAGGGUGCACUGCAGACGGCCCUCACGUCACGGACGCUGCUGCCGGGGACGGUUUCCGGCACAGAUGACGGUGAGGAGCCCGUCACGGCAGAGCUCAGUGCCGGCGAAGCGACACACGCCCGGGACGCACUCUGCAAGGCACUCUACAGCCGCCUCUUCACAUGGCUCGUUACCAGGAUCAAUGACAGCACAAAGGUGAAAAGAUACGGACGGAGAAAAGUUCUCGGUAUCCUCGAUGUGUACGGAUUUGAAGUUUUUGACAAAAAUGGGUUCGAGCAGCUGAUCAUCAACUUCUGCAAUGAGAAACUGCACCAAGUGGUUGUAGAGAUGGCGUUACGGGAAGAGCAGGAAGAGUACGUCCGGGAAGGACUCGAGUGGACACACAUUGACUUCUUCAACAAUUCCGCCAUCUGCAGCCUCAUAGAGAAGAACAGCCACGGGCUACUAUCCCUGUUAGACGAAGAGGGCCUGCGGACGGACGAGCAGUUCCUCAGCCGUCUCUCUCAGGGGCCAGCGGGGCAACGACCCGAACUCCUGGCCACGGCUUCCAACUCCGGCAACAAUCUGCCACCAAACUGCUUCAGGCUGAAGCACUUUGCUGGCACCGUAACGUACAAUGUAACAGGUUUUGUGGAAAAGAAUAAUGAUAUUCUUCCACGGGACUUGUCGCAGUCCAUGUACCGCUGUGAACAUCCGCUGUUGAAGACCUUGUUUCCUGAAGGAAAUCCAAAGAGGUCGACACUGAAGAGGCCGGCAAGUACGGGAGCACAAUUCAAAAUCUCACUGAGUGCCUUGGUGCGGUCCGUGACGAGCAAAACACCGCACUACGUCCGCUGUGUCAAGCCCAACGAGCUGAAGCAGCCUCGCAUCUUCGAGAUGGCCCUGGUGGCGCACCAGGUCAGGUACCUAGGGCUCGUGGAAACGGUGCGAGUGCGACGAGCGGGUUUCUGCCACCGGCAGACGUACUCGUCGUUCCUGAGCCGCUACCACAUGCUAUCUCCCCACACCUGGCCACACUGGGCGGGGACCCCUGUGGAGGGCGUCAGCUACCUCGUGCGCGAUCUCCCCAUUCCGAGCGGAGAGUUUGCUUUCGGACGAACGAAGAUCUUUGUUCGUAGUCCCCGAUCGAUAUACGAACUGGAAGAGUUUCGACUUGUUCGUUUGGAGGACUUGGCAGUACUCAUCCAGAAAGUUUGGCGUGGUUAUCGCGAUCGGCAGUUGUUUCUCUUAAAGCGUCGGAGCCAAAUCAUCAUCGCCUCUGCUUGGAGGAGUUGGAGGGCGAGAGAAGAGUAUCGCAUUUUGAAAAGGCGGAAGCAGAUUGAGUGGGCAGUCUCUGUUAUACAAAGGCACUAUGUCUGUUGGAAGAGAAGACAAUUUCUGCUGCGCCUUUCUCGUCUUCUCCCUCCUGAAAGCGAAUCUCCUACCUACCGAGACUGGCCUCCCUGCCCACGCCGCCUUGCCGACACGUCUCUGUUACUCCGAAGGUUGCACCACAAGUGGAGGUGUCACAAGUACCGCCUUAAAUUCGAUCAGACAGCUCGGAAUCGUAUGAGGGAAAAAGUAACGGCCAGCAUCAUCUUCAAAGAGCGGAAAGCAUCGUAUCCCCGCAGUGUUUCCCAUCCUUUCCUGGGUGAUUAUGUGCGUCUGAGGCAAAAUGUGCAGUGGAAGAAGACGUGUGUAGAAACGAAUGAUCAGUAUGUUGUCUUUGCUGACAUUAUCAACAAGAUAACCCGAUCUAGUGGGAAGUUUGUGCCAAUCCUGUUUGUGCUGUCGACGAGCUCAAUGCUGAUUCUAGACCAGCGGACGCUACAGAUUAAGUACCGAGUGCCUGCCGCUGAGAUCUACCGGCUGUCCUUGAGUCCCUAUAUCGACGAUGUGGCAGUCUUCCACGUACGAGCAUUGAGCCCCAGUUCUGAUGCGAGCCACCAGAACAUCCCAGGAUGCCUGUUUCAGAGCGACCUCGGGAAGAAGAAAGGUGACUUCAUCUUCCAGACAGGCCACGUCAUCGAAAUUGUGACAAAGCUAUUCCUCGUCAUCCAGAAUGCUGUCGGGAAACCCCCUGAGGUCAACAUCAGUACUGAGUUUGAAGCAAACUUUGGCCAGCAGACUGUAUUAUUCACCUUCAAGUGCCUGGGGAUGCCCGAGGUCCCCCCGGGACAGAUCAGAAUAGUGCGUAAAGCCAACAAGAUGGAGGUGCUGCUCUGAGCUGCAGUGUGAAGAAGCUGAACUGUGAUUGCUGCCUGGGCCUGUGAACUUAUGCUCUGCCCUGCUGUGAUGCCUAGGAUCUCACACCACGAGGAUUUGUCAGUAUUGUGAGUUGUUAUGUUCACUGUAGUCGGGAAUAGUCUGAAGAGUUGAGAAUGAGACUUGGUGUCAGUAAGUGUCACACAGUGGUCUGUUUGUGUUCUCCAGUAGUAUUUAUGGGUCUAACAAGAAGAAAACUGUUUUUAAUUUCUUGAGCCCUGUUUCAUUUUAAAUACUUUCAGAAGAUUAAAGUUAUCGUCUGUCAGCAGAAAAGCUGGAUCCAUCUGAAGGAAUUGCAAAAGGAUUGCUUUGAGAACGAGCAGGCAUUGUGGGGCCGAUACAGAUUAAGGAAAAGAGUUGAGGAGAAAUGUGAAAGGCAAUAACACAGUAUUACUUUCCUCGGCGAUAAAGUGGACAUUGUGGAGCAGAAAGUUAUUCCCUCUAGUCGGUUGGGCCUUGCAAUCCAUCAGCCUUAUUGCUAGUGUGAUCUUAGAACGGAAAUGUUCAUGCAGAUGUGAUGCUGUUGUGGCAUAAAUUUUGGCACUUCAGGAAUUUGUGACUUGAGGUUAUGUGCAUGUAAACUGACGAACUAUGCAGAAGAAGCCACAAACUUUAACUUUUCUGGGUUUUGCAGGAAAAAGCCAUCCUUUCAGUGCAAAUUAGGUCUUUGAAUAUGGUAUUCUAGUAAAUUAGUAUGACCUAGAAUUGUGUUGUCAGGCUGUUCACCAUAGAUUGUUGUGCAUCCAGAGGUUUUUAGUUUCAGCUGGUGAAGUCAUUCAACAUCACUGAUAUGCUUAAGUAAACUUAACCAUACCUAU